GGUGGCUUUGGAAGGGGUCGGCUGCAGCCUGCUCUGCCCAGCCUGAGACGUGAGGUGAACAGUCACAACGAGGAUGGAAAUGAGCUACAGACGACACCGGAGUUCAGAGCACACGUUGCAAAGAAACUGGGGGCAAUGCUAGACGGUUUCAUCACCGUCUUGAAGGAGUCAUCAGGACCUUCGCGAACUUCUGUGCAACAGUCUGACGCUGGAGAUGAUGGUUUUCGCCUCUUCUCUUCCUCUGUCCUGGGAGACUCUGGGAAGUCAGAGCCUCGCCCUGCUGCAAGGAGGAGGCAGCCAUCUAGCUCCAGCGACACGGACAGUGAUCAAGAGUGGCAAAAGUACCAGGAGGCUGCGGUAUCAGCCACAGACAUUCUGAAACAAAGUGCUUUUCCUGCACUGUCCCAGGAUUCCAGCUGGGAUCAGAGUCAGGGUUAUGCUGAGCACAGCCAGAAAAAAAAGAAGAAAAAGAAAAUUAGGGGAGAGAACAAUAUUCAAGAGAAAAUAAUAGACCCAGCAAAGUGUGACCAGAUAAGAAAAGAUUUGCUGCCGUUGGUAUCUGCAAAUGGACAGCAUGAGGGACAGGACAGCAAUCAUACAGAGAAGUCAGUGCUGCCAGGAGUUGUGAAGAAGAAAAAGAAGAAGAAAAAAAGGGAAUGA